GAGAGAGAGCUCAUAAGAGAGAGAGAGAGCAUAUUAGAGAGAGAGAGAGCAUAUUACAGAGAGAGAGCGAGAGAGUGAGAGAGGGAGAGAGUACAUAACAGCGAGAGAGCGCUCUCUGGAUUGAGAGCGAGGAGGAGAGCGCUGGGUGUGGAACGGCGCUCUUGGAUUAUACGGGAAGCACUGAGCGGAGGAGCCCAGCGCUGGACUGAGGGGGUCAGAGCCGGGGGGGGGAAGGGACCGGUCCAUGGACUGGACACGCGGGCUCACAGGGCCUAGCGGACUCGGGGGGAAGGGACAGCGUCCUCCGGAAGUUCCUCUUCGAGCGCUCGCCGGCUGAACAGGGGGGAGGCCUCGGGCGAUCGGGCGCCGCGCCGCGACCAUGGGCACCGUCAGCGAGCUCUGCGUGUCCAGCUUCCAGGCGUUCCUGUGUCCCUCUGUGCCGGACACCGCCCCAGUGCCCAACGACCUCACUCCUGAGGAGCAGCAGGAGCUGGAGAACAUCCGGCGCCGCAAGCUGGAGCUACUGGAGGACAUUCAGCGCCUGAAGGAUGAGAUAGCAGAGGUGACCAAUGAAAUUGAAAACCUGGGCUCCACAGAGGAGAGGAAAAACAUGCAGAGGAAUAAACAGGUGGCUAUGGGCCGUAAGAAAUUCAACAUGGACCCCAAAAAGGGGAUCCAGUUUCUGAUUGAGAAUGACCUGCUGAAGAACACCUGUGAGGACAUCGCCCAGUUCCUCUACAAGGGGGAGGGGCUUAACAAGACCGCCAUCGGGGACUAUCUGGGGGAGAGAGACGAUUUCAACAUCCAGGUCCUGCAUGCCUUUGUGGAGCUGCACGAGUUCACUGACCUGAAUCUGGUGCAGGCCCUCAGGCAGUUCCUGUGGAGCUUCCGCUUGCCAGGGGAGGCGCAGAAGAUCGACCGCAUGAUGGAGGCCUUCGCCCAGCGCUACUGCCAGUGCAACGCUGGAGUCUUUCAGUCCACAGGUGUGUGUGUGUGUGUGUGUGUGUGUGUGUGUGCGUGUGCCGAUUCAUUCCUGAACCCACACAUGGCUCACUGUGCCGAUCUCCAUAGGUUUCACACUUGUGCUGAUCUCUCCUCCUCUCUCCUCCUGCAGAACCUGUACGACAGCAUCAAGAAUGAACCAUUCAAGAUCCCAGAGGAUGAUGGGAACGACCUGACGCACACGUUCUUCAACCCCGACCGCGAGGGCUGGCUGCUCAAAUUGGGGGGACGGGUAAAAACCUGGAAGAGAAGAUGGUUCAUCCUGACGGACAACUGCCUGUACUACUUUGAGUACACUACUGAUAAGGAACCCAGAGGGAUCAUUCCCCUGGAGAACCUCAGUAUCCGUGAGGUGGAGGACAAGAAACCAAACUGCUUUGAGCUCUUCAUCCCCGACAACAAGGACCAGGUGAUCAAAGCCUGCAAGACGGAGGCGGACGGCCGGGUGGUGGAGGGCAACCACACCUUCUACCGCAUCUCCGCCCCCACCACCGAGGAGAAGGACGAGUGGAUCAACAGCAUCAAGGCCGCCAUCAGCAGAGACCCCUUCUACGAGAUGCUGGCAGCCCGGAAGAAGAAGGUGUCCUCCAUGAAGAGGCACUAGGCCUUCUCCGGACCCUCUGCAUUGGACCGUGCGAAGCUGCUCCCUUUCGGGGCAGAGGAACUGACGUUCUCCAGCGGGACGGGGGUAGGGAGGGGGAGGGGGGGGGAACCUUUGGGAUUUUGGCAGGGUUUCUUUCGCUGGGACAGCUGGAGAUUGUGGGGUUGGGAAAUUGGGACGAGGGAGCAGAGAGCAUGCUGGGAGAUGGCUGGCAUGAUGGCGUUGUGGAGGUGGGGGAGGGGGGGUGUCCGUUCUGCUCCCUUCUACUCAAGCCUUGUUCUGUCUGGAUGCUGGACUCUCACCUCCCCCAUCUUUUCCCCACAGAAUGUCUUACUGUGCCCCUUUGACCCUCUCUCUAGAGAGAGAGCACCUGUCUCUCUGACACACUCAGCCAAAUGUACACACACACACACACAUCUUUCUCUAAACUCAGCAGGUCUGACUGAAUGUGGUAAAGCAACCAAAAUUUUCUAACUUGGUUACAAAGAAGAAAUUUCUCACUGUUUAUUUUCUGUGGGCUUUAGUCUGCUGGCUGUGCGCAUACAGGUCAGAGCACAGCCCCUGGUGCGUGUUGGCUUUCUGCUGGCUGUGCGCGUACAGGUGAGAGCACAGCCCCUGGUGCGCGUUGGUUUUCUGCUGGCUGUGCGCAUACAGGUCAGAGCACAGCCCCUGGUGCGCGUUGGCUUUCUGAGGGCUGUGCGCUCCCUGGUUUGACUGGUUUUUUGAACAAGUACAGACGAGCUGUGCUGAAAGCCCUCUUCAGGUGUGCUCUGCGCUUUUAUUAUUUAUUUCUUAUCUUUUGAUAUUGUUUCGAGAUGUUUGAAGCUGCCUCACUGGAGUGUACCAGGCAGUUCUGACGCGUGAAGACACGGGUUUCUCUCUGCGAUGUCGAGCGUCACCGUGGCGACCGGGGAGACGGCCCCCCGCCUUUCGAAACCCUGCUCGCUGGUCGCUCGGCGGUUCGCGGGUCGUGGCUGUGACACGGACCGGUCGGUCCCUUCAGCUGCUGCUGUGUGGAAGGAACGAGGCUCGCUGGGGCCCCCUGCAGGGCAAAAGUGUGAAGGGAAUGCGGGGAGAAGGAGAGGGGGAGCGGGGGAGAGGAGGAGGGGGGGGUAGGCAUCGGGGCGCCCCCUGUGCCCAUCCAGAGCCUGGUUAUCGCUCUCGGUUGCCUGGGUUACGCCAGCCAGGACUUCCUUCCUCUCCUCCAGGUUGCGUCUGUGCUCCCAGAAUGCAUCGCUGCAUUGUCAGAGCGCUGCGCGACCCUGACCCGUCCCCCUCCCCCUCCCCCCUGCUGCGAUCAGGGCAGCCAUCCUGUCCCUCAGCUCACCUACAGAUUCCUACUGAAGAUCAGAGGGGCCCAUAGGGGCGCUGAACCCUCGGUUUGGUCUCCAUGGUUACUGCAUACUACUGUCGCAAUGUGGCUCCAGUCCCGUUCGCGUCCUCGUCCCCUCUCAAAUCUGCCCAGUAACCUCUGCGCAAAUGCCUUCUUAAUAUUCAAACACAAAACGCCGGACCUAUCAGGUUUAACCUGUCCUCACUAGGGCAGUUUAAAUGUGACCUUACAUGGGUUUUUAAAUAAUUAUUUUGAAUAUUUUUUGUCCCCCAAGUUACAGAGUUCUGUAUCAAAAAAUGUAGAAGUAGAUACAGUUAAAAUGAGACUGUAAAGUUUGUUUGCCAUCAGGAUUCCAGGCUUUUGGUUGAAUACUUUCAGAGGAAGGGCAGCUAUCGUACCAUUUGAAUCAACUGCCACUUCAGGAGUGAAAACUGGUGGACUGGUCAGGGAAAAACCUUUGGUCAUGCCAGAAUACACAUCAAACUAUUCAGCAGGGAUGUUCGUUUAAGGUGAGAGUCUAGGGCUUAUAUUUUAUCAUUUAUAAUAUAGCAUGGGCAGGGGCCCUCUCCCCUUCAGCAUCAACCAAUGGAAUUGAAGUUCUUCACUGCAUCCACCAAUAGAAUGCCACUUUUCUGUACUAAAGGUGGAAACAGGAGCAUCCAGAGUUUGUAGUCUUCUUGAUUUAUAAUCGUUCGUAAUAUGUAAUUUAAGUUUAUAAAAACAGCUUUCCCUUCCCAGGUCGAUCAGUGCUUGCUUUUAGUUUUGAAACCAAGUGUUUUUUUCCCUUUCAUUUGAUUUUUUUAUUGUUCUGUUCAUCUCCAGUUUCUUACAUUUCAAUGCACUGAUGAUUGCGGGAAAAUGCAUAUGAAACAAUCUAAAAGACUAAGCAGUAUUUGUCUUAUUUAUCAUGGUUGUAUAUACUUAAAUGUGUAGGUUUCUGUCUUUGAUAUUAUAAAAAAAAUACUUUGUGUAGAAAUAUAUCACAAUUGAGUGCCAGUUGUUUUUCUCCCAUUUUGUUUUGUUUCAUAUUUCUACUUUUGCCAUGUAAUCCAGAGCCUAUUAAAUAAAGUUAAAGAAUUCCAA